AUGAGCUACCAGAGAGCUCCUCAGGACCCUUACCCUCCUCCACCAGGGUACCCAUCUGCUCCGCCUCCGCCGCCGGGUUACCCCUCGGCCCCGCUUCAGGGCUAUCCGUACCCGGGGCCGCCGGGGCCGCCGGGGCCGCCGCCGCCGCCUCGGCCUCCCUUCGAGGGGUACCAGGGGUAUUUCGCCGGAGGGUAUCCUCCGCCGCCGCCGCCCCCGUCGCUGCCUCAUUACCACCAUCACCACAAUGAUUAUCACCACUACGAUCAUCACCACUACAAUGAUCAGCCGGGCUGUGCUUCCUUUUUGCAGGGCUGCUUAGCUGCACUCUGCUGCUGCUGUAUGAUGGAGGAAUGCUGCUUCUUUCUUCGCUGAAGAUGGAUGAAUUAUAAAAUACCCAAUGCGCUGGGUGGUUCCUGUUUGUGAAAUUGUCCAUGAACUGCUAUUAUUGAAGAAUAUUGUUGAAUCUGAUAUCUCUCUGUUAUAGCUGUUUGCUGAGAAAGAAAUGUUGUUCCAUGUUUAUUAAAGAUUUGUGGAGUCUGAAAGCUGACAGGCUUUUUACUGUUAAUAGUAUAUAUGCAAUUUUCAUAUCAAAGCAA